CUAUUAUUAGACUGAUAAAUGUUCGAUCGUUUAAUCACUAGUAAAAUGUUAUACCUAACUGAUUUAUCUGAAUGUUUAUGGAUAAUUAAUUUGUACUUACUACUUAGAAUCACGUUUUACUUUAUUCAUCCAACGUUGGAAAAAUAUGUUACAAUCAGAUUUAAUACUGAAAAUUUUGUGAAUACAAUCCUUUUGUUAGUUGAAUUAGAUUUAAUUGAACGUUUAUUCAACUAUAUGUAAAAACUAAGCUAAACCUACGUUGGAACACUAAACAUGGUUUAUUUUAACCUUAUUAACGAAAGGCGUUAUUUGAUUCAAUUGAACUUCAUCUCAGAAAUUUAUUUUAUUUAUAUACUGACAGCCUGAAUUUCUGAUGUAUUCUAAAUUUACAGUACCUAUGAAAAUCAGCUUUGGAGUAUACAUUGUCUCAAAUGUUCAAAUAUAGGUCGAUAAAUAAAUACAUACAAGCAUAUUUCUUGGUAUUAGCCACUUUAGAUCAUAUUUUUAUGAUAUACCAGUGGCUUCAUAUAACAUUAUAAAUUAGUAUCCCCACUUUUGUAUUUGUGUGGCAAGAAUAAAUAAUUCUUUCAUCAAUAAAUAACCACUUUUCGAAGCUGCGAUUGCAAUUUUCUCUGGUCCUGGUAUUCAUUUAUAACAAACAGCAGCAGAAUUCUCCAGCUUCUCUUCACCAGUCUUCCCUUCUCUUAUAUGUGGCAUAAUAUGAUAAAUUUGGGAUUAUAUCAUUUCACUAUUCAAUGUUUCAAUAAAAACAGAAACUAUUCUAUUACUAAUAAAAAGAUGUGUAUUUAUUUAAAUUUAAAUCUUAUUUUGAUUCUAUUUUUAAUUACAUUUGAUUUAUUAUCGAACUCUUUUUUAUCAUUAUGUUCUGAUUUACCUAAAUCAACAAAAUUAACAACUCCAUUGAAUACUUUGAAUCAGUUUAAACAUUGUUGUGAUGAUGGAUUAAUUGCUGCUCAUAGUUUAGAUUUACCAAUUUUAACAAGUCAAACCAGUGUAACUAAUACUGAAACAUGUGCAGAGAUUUUACAAUUUGGAACAUCAGUAGUUGAAGAUGAUGCUGAAAAUUUAUCUUCAAAUCAUUUUUGGUGUCAACGUGUUCAACAUUUCUGUUGUUUAUCAGCUAGAAGAUUAAAAGCUUGUCAAAUUGGUUCAGAUCAUAUUAUUAAAUAUAAUUCAAAUAAUUGUUCUACUAAUGAAUUUAAUCAUUUAAUUGACAAGAGAUUAACACCAAUCGCUCGGGAAUGUUGUUUAUGCCAGUUAAUAUGGCAUAAAAGUUUAUUAAAUGAAAAUAGUUUAUUCAAAGAUAAGCAGGAGUCUGUACAAAGUGCUUGCCCCAAUGGAAAUUGUUGUAGUUUUCUUAAUAAGAUAUUAAUGGAAGAUAAUACAACUUCAUCCAAAUCACCAAUGAUCAUGUCUGAUGAUCCCAAUGUUCAUAGAAUUAUAGCGGAAUAUUUGACUACAACUGAAGAAAUUGCUAUGUUGAUGACCACUUCAUCUACACCAGUUACAACGGAAAAACCAGUGGCAACGACAACAAGUACAACCACAACAGAAAAACAAAUAACAGACGACGAAGAUGACUUUUCGUUUAAUCUUGUUGGAGGCAUUGAUUUACCAGAUAUUUGGGAAGAAACAGAUAUUGAUAAUAUAUCACUUACCAAUAAAGCUACAAAUAAUCACACUACUGAUUCAGUUACAACAUCUACUCCUUCUACUACUCUUUCUUCAAAAACUGAUCAGACUACUAUUGCCAAUUCUAUCCCUUCUGUGGCGUCUACACCGGGGAUAACGGUUACUGCCACUACAACUACUACUUCUAGUCCUACUUCUACGAGUACUUUGGCAAAUGUCGACCAUACCAUAACCACUGAAGUGUCGAGCGAAACGACUCCUACUAGCUUAAAAGAAGUUAGUCACUUGGAAACUAUACAAUGUCAAGACAAUUUUGUUUGGGAUAGUGAUCAACAGUUGUGUGUUCGACUAGUGUUCUCAUGUCCAGUAGGAAUGUAUCUUAAUAAGGAAACAAAGAAGUGUGUUCUUGAGUCAAAAGAUAAAUCAGAUUGUCCUAUAGGUUACAAGUUAUCCACUACGCGAGAUGAAUGUGUAGACAUAAACGAAUGUAUUGAAGGUCUCAGCUCAGGUAUACUACCGUGUAAAGGUGAAGGAACAAGGUGUGAAAACUUACCAGGAUCCUACAAUUGUUCAUGUAUUUCUGGAUUUUCAAUGGCUUCAGAUGGGACCUGCGUUGAUAUUAAUGAAUGUACAUCAACUUAUAAUCCUUGUCUUGUUGGUCAACAAUGUCGUAAUUUAAUUGGUUCAUAUCAGUGUCUUCGUGAAGUCCCAUGUGGUUACGGUUAUGUAUUGAAUCCUAGAACACAACAGUGUGAAGAUGUUGAUGAAUGCAAAGUUGAUCCGCUUAUAUGUGGUAAAGGUAUGGCAUGUAUAAAUGUUCGCGGAGGUCAUAAAUGCGUUGAUUAUCAUUGCCCUGGAAAUGCAAAACGAAACAAAGUUGGUGAUUGCGUUCCAUGUCCUACAGGAUAUGUAUACAAUGCCUCAAGCGGAAUAUGUGAUGAUAUUGAUGAGUGUCAACAACCGAAUAAAUGCAGAUCUUGGGAGAAAUGCGUUAAUGAACGUGGCUUCUUUUUAUGUGAAGCUAAAUUAAACUGUGCUCAUGGUACACGAAUUAACACCAAUGGUACAGAAUGCCUAGAUAUAGAUGAAUGUUUGGAAAAAAGCUUUCAUUGUGAUGAUGGGAAAAUAUGUGUUAACACCUUAAGUUCAUACUAUUGUACAGAAUCCAAUUGUACUGUAACUCAAAUAUAUGAUUAUCAAGAAAGAAAGUGCACUUGUGAAAAAGGAUAUCGUAUUCUCGAAAACGAAUGUGUAGAUAUUGAUGAAUGCUCUGAAAACAAGCAUAACUGUACCUACGACAGUACUUGUAUGAAUCAUAUCGGAGGAUUUCGCUGCGUACGAAUAGAAGAAUGUCCAUCAGGUUUUAAACGGAAAUCUCAAUUUUCAAGAUGUGAAGACGUAAAUGAAUGUGAAUUGAACAUAGACAGUUGUGGUGCUCACACAUUUUGUAAAAAUACUAUUGGUUCUUAUCAGUGUAUAUGUAAACAUGGAUAUAAAAAUAUUAAUGAAACGGAUUGCACAGAUAUUGAUGAAUGUUCAAUAUUUACACCAGCGGAAUCUUGUCCUGAUUCAAGGGCUCGGUGUGUGAAUACACAAGGAAGUUACGUUUGUGUCUGCCCUGAAGGCUUUAUUUGGUUAGGUUAUCCAGACCUAAAAUGCAAAGACGUUAAUGAAUGCACUGAAAAGCCAGAUAUUUGUGGGAACGAACACCAGUGCGUAAAUAUGAUUGGCAGUUAUCGAUGCCAGUGUGCUCCUGGAUAUAAAAAUGGAGAAAAUGAAAAAUCGUGUGUUGAUAUCGACGAAUGCAAUGUGAAACCGUACAACAAUGAUAUUAAUUAUAUGUCACCAUGUCCAUAUUCAUUAUGUAUUAAUCAACCUGGGAGUUAUCAAUGUCAAUGUCCUGAUGGAUUUCGACUAGGGAGAGGAAAUCGAUGUUAUGAUAUUGAUGAAUGUCAUGAAAUGGAAAAUGUGUGUAAAUCAAAUAAUCCAUAUGCUCCAAGUCAAGCUUGCAUAAAUCUUAUGGGUAGUUAUCGAUGUGUAUCUGACGAGACUCCACCAAACUAUGUGAAACAUAGACUUGGUAAUGGAUUCAGGUAUGAACUUAAAGAUAAUACAAAAUGUUCAAACAUUGGAGAAAAAUGUAUUCAACGAAUGGAUGAUUUAUUCAUUGAACUAGAUCAAGAUGCACAUGCACCACAAACAUUAGCACGAAUCGAUACUAAAGGUUUACCUACAGGUGUUGUACGAAUAGAUUUAAGUAAACAUUAUGCAUAUCAAGCAUAUAGCGGAAAACAGAUACCUGUUUCAACAGCUUUUCGUCUACAACCAAGUCGUUCACAUAUUGGCAGUGUUGAAGUUCGCCUACUUCGUAAACUACCAGCUCCAAUGAAUAUUCUAAUCUCUGUUCAUGUGACAAUAUCCAAAGGUGAUGUAGAAAUUGCACAUGCUAUCACUAAACUUUACCUGUUUGUUACACAAUCAUUUUCUGAACGAUUGAGAACAAGCAGAAUAAGUCAAAGAGGAAUAAUUUAAAUAAUACGUUUCCCUACUAACCUUUACUCGUCUGCAUUUAAAUCUUUUUAUCAUUGUUCAAUUUGGAUCAUUGGGAAAUUUUUUACUCUCUUUCGGUUUGUUUUCCGUCCUUUUACACCUAAUAUUUUACUUCAAAAUUUACAAUACAUUAUAAAAUCAAUACAUUCAGUGAAAACAACCAUUUUACCAGGUAAUAUUCAUUCAGAAAGAAUACCGUAUACCUGCUGAUAUUGUAGACGACGAUUGGUAUCAGUUAUUAGUUUACUGCCAAAUCAGGAGUCACACAUGAACAUACAAUCAAUCAUUCAUCUAUACAUGCAUAGUCUAUUGCAUCUAAUACACAUUCAUAUUCUUAUACACUACUGUCAUCGAUACUAUCACACCUACGAUAUAUAUAUAUAUCCAUCAGAUUCAAUAAAUCAAUAGAUUACGCAACAUUGAUUAUAUUAAUAAACACCAAAGCAUACACAUACAUAAACAUACAUAUGCGCAUAUAUAUGUAAAUUAACCAUUUAUUUCUCGACCCUGUGUCUCAAUAAUUUCUUUCUUGUUUAAGCGCCACUUCAUGAGUAUUCAACCCUUGAUGAAAUUUUCGUUUUAUGAAUAUAUAUAUAUAUAUAUAUCAUAUUCUUAUCCGAGAAACAAAACUGAUACACUAUUACUAUUCUUAAUACCAUUACUAAUACUACUACUAUUGUUAAUUAUCACGUACUGCUGUAAUAUUUACGUUUGUGUAUAUGUAUGUAUAUGCUUAAAUGGCAUCACUUUAGUAAACAUUGAUUAUUAUCU